CCGUCCUGAUGUGAUAGUUUAUGCAGUGAGAUAAAUUAAGCCAUCUACACGGCAGACUCAGGUUUCCAGCCUGAAUUCAGGAUUUAUGCCCUUCCUCUAUCAGACUCAGGGAACCAACUCUGUCAGCCUCGAGCUGCCUGUGGUGGAAAAAAAUCCUGAAUUCUUUGGAGACGCCCGUUCCUUGGGCAGUGUGGUGCCACUGGACAAGGCCCUCAUUGAGCAGGAACAGGAGUGGUCUUGUAGAAGGGAUCCACACUGGCUCGGCCUACGAAGCAACAGAGCUGUCCAAGGACGAUUAAAUAUUUAAGAGCUUGGAAAGGAGGUCUCGGUGGUUUCCCUGAUUUUCCAGGGAGUGCUCCCUCUUUUUAGGGAUGGAGGUAUUGCAGUGUGAUGGCUGUGACUUCCGUGCAGAGUCAUAUGAUGACUUGAAGACCCACAUUCAGGAAGUACACACUGUUUUCUUGCAGCCUGCAGAUGCAGAUGAGUCUGACUCUCUGAAAGACGAGGAUGAAGAUGAGGAGGAAGACGAGGAAUAUGAGGAUAAGGAUGACAAGGAUUAUACGCCUCCUAAAGCUGGAAUGAGCCCCAACUCUACUGACAAUUCCAACCAAACUCCACAAAAGCAGACAGCUGAAACCCAUCUGCCGUUUUACCAGUGCAAGUUCUGUGUCCGUUACUUCAGAUCGAAAUCAUUCUUAAGAAACCACACCAAAAAAGUGCAUAAUGUUGUAGAGGAGGAUUCAGAUGCAAGUAUCUCCUCACAGAAAGCUAAACAACCCAGCUACACUGUUAUAAUGCACAAUGACCAUUCAAAAGUGUAUUCCUGUCAGUAUUGCACGUACAAGUCUCCACGCAAAGCAAGGAUAAUGAAACACCAACUAAUGUAUCAUAACAAAGUUCCCUCAGAGAGGGCUAGAGAUCCUUCAACUGAGACUGGAGAGGAAUCUGACUCAGCCAUUGGACUCAUGAAGGGAACAUUUGCCUGCGAAUGGUGUGACUAUCAGACUGACCAGAAGGACAGCUGGACUAAUCACGUGGUGAAAGAACACAGCGACAAGGUCAAGAUAGUUUCCUGCAUUGCGGAGCUGGAAGGGGAGACGAGUGCAAGCUCACCCAGACCAGAUUCUCCCUCAGCUUCCCGAAGCCCGACUAGAUCAAAGAUGAGUUUCGCUGGAAAGGAAGAGUCAGUAGGAAAAACAGUAGAAAACACAUUGGAGAAGUCAGUCCCAGAGAUCUCAUCCUUUCAAUAUGCACAGAUAAGUGCAGUAACACCAAACAGCACAGGUUCCUCUAUUUUGUCCAAGAGGUUUGCUUCAUCUGAUGUCUCUAACACUGUCAUAGACAUGGAUGCCAACUUACUUAAUGAAGACGAUUCUAGGAGCAGCUUAGAUGAUGAUCAUGAUGAUGAUGAUGAUGAGGAGCUGGGCGAUAUAGAUGAUCCCAGCUAUACUGGGACCCUGUCAGCAGAUGCAAAGCAGCUUUUAACUGAUGAUGAUAAUAAAUUACUGGAGACUAAAGGAAUACCCUUUAGAAAGUACAUGAACCGAUUUCAGUGCCCCUUCUGCUCCUUCCUCACCAUGCACAGGCGGAGCAUCUCCCGCCACAUUGAAAACAUUCACCUUUCUGGUAAAACCACAGUGUAUAAAUGUGAUGAAUGUCCGUUUAUUUGCACGAGCCCUCUUAAACUAGGCACGCAUAAACAGAGCCACAAUUCCUCAGAUUUAGAGACCAUGGACCUAACAAGUGAUAGCCCAGAUCCUCAGAAUGACAGCGCUGCAGAGCCAGUCAAUGGGGGUAAUGUAAGUUCCAAAGUCAAUGGAAAAAAGGUAACCAGCACAUCGAACGACCAGCCGAAUCCUCAUCGCUGCACACUCUGCAGCUUCUCUACCACGACUCUGAAAGGUCUUAGGGUUCACCAGCAGCAUAAGCAUUCCUACUGUGAUGACCUUGAUCCCGCUGUCUUUGAAAGCCAGCUGACUGACCAGCCAGACUCUGAAGUGGACGCUUCUCCAAUCUUUCUACAAAAAACCCAGACCUCCAUUUUAGGACUUGCCACCAAAAAGCCCUUAGUAACAGGGAAAAGAGCCAGGAAGUCUAUUAAUGACUUGCCUUUGGAUUUGUCCUCAGUUAAGAAGAGAACUAGAAUUGAUGAAAUUGCCAGUAACCUUCAAAGUAAGAUAAGCCAAAGCCAACAGGACAUGAUUAUAAACCUGGAUGACAUGGAUGAUGAAGAUGCAGGAGAAAAUCAUGCCAGUGCUGAUAAAGAGGAUACAGACCAUGACAAUAAAAACCCUGUCUUUACUUAUAACACACAAGAGCUUCAUGCAAGAGAAUCAAUGAUCUCGCACGAGGGAGGCAGGAUAGGGAAAAGAAAAAGCAACCCUAAGUCAAAACCUAGAAACAUUCCUAUUUCCCUAACUCUUUCAGAUGAUAGUGAAAACAUCUCUGCUGACCCCAGUGACAGUACUAUUCAAGAGAACGCUGAUUAUUCAGAGGAACCAGGAACUGCACGUUUCUACUGUAAACACUGUGAUUACCACAACAAAUCAGCUCGUAGCGUCAGCACCCAUUACCAGAGGAUGCACCCUUACAUCAAGUUCAGCUUUAAGUACAUCCUGGACCCUGAGGACCAGAGUGCGGUCUUCCGCUGCUUAGAGUGCUACAUUGAAUACACGAAUUACAACGAUCUACACCAACACUAUAUGGAUCACCACCCUGAAGCAAGCAAUGUGCUCAACUUCAAUCAACCAAAUCUUGUAUACAUGUGCCGCUUUUGUUCCUACACAAGCCCCAAUGUCAGGAGCCUAAUGCCCCAUUACCAAAGAAUGCAUCCUACAGUGAAAAUUAAUAAUGCUAUGAUCUUCUCCAGCUAUGUAGUGGAGCAGUCCCACAAGACAGGCGAAUCGCAAACCCUGAGGGAAAUAUUAAACUCUGGCCCCAAGAAUUUUAACUCAGCCACGUCAACCCCCAGGUCCUCCUCCAGCCCAGUGCUGAAAACUGUCUCCAAGACCCCUGAAGCCAGUGCUGAGACAGACCCUCUCAAAGAAUCUGUAGGUGGCAAUGUUGUCGUCUAUGAUUGUGAUGUUUGUUCUUUUGCUAGCCCCAACAUGCACUCUGUUUUGGUCCACUAUCAGAAGAAACACCCAGAGCAAAAGGCCUCUUAUUUCCGUAUACAGAAAACCAUGAAGGUCAUCUCAGUGGAUCAAUCACAGUCUGCAAACUCUUCAUAUAAUCUUAGCAUGGCUACACCUCCAAAACAACCAAGCACAGCACUGUAUGGAUCAGAUGAAGAAAUGUACUACUGUAAACACUGCGUGUACAGCAACAGAUCUGUUGUUGGUGUGUUGGUCCAUUAUCAAAAGAGACACCCAGAAGUAAAAGUGACUGCAAAAUAUAUCAAACAUGGUGCUCCUACCCCUGGUUUGAUGAAAUUAAUGGACGAAUUGCAAAUUGCAGCUCCCAAACAGUUUAUGAAGCAGUUUCAAAACAAUGGUCACGAUGGCUCAAACAACUCAAGCCCAAAACCAGGAAGUGGUGAGAAAGGUGAGGACGAGCUGUUCUUUUGUCAGCACUGUGAUUAUGGCAACCGCACUGUAAAAGGAGUGCUUAUUCAUUACCAGAAGAAGCACAGAGAAACCAAGGCCAAUGCUGACCUUGUACGUCGUCACACUGCCGUUGUCCGGAGUCAGCGUGAGCGUGCGCAGAUGGUUCAGUCGAGCAGUGUCUCUUCUGCUGUGAUCCAAGCCCCUCCAGACCCUGAAAACGCUACAUCCCUGCGUUCCCUUAAGUGCAGACACUGUUCCUACACAUCCCCUUACGUCUAUGCCCUGAAGAAACAUCUGAAGAAAGAGCACCCCACUGUGAAAGCCACAGCCAUGACCAUUUUACACUGGGCUUACCAAGAUGGCAUUCUGGAGGCUGGCUACCACUGUGAGUGGUGCAUUUACUCCCACGCUGAACCCCAAGGCCUGCUGCUCCAUUACCAAAGACGCCAUCCUGAGCACAAUGUUGAUUACACAUACAUGGCCAGUAAGCUAUGGGCUGGUCCAGAGACCACCCAACAAGGGGGAAAUAUGGAAACUAAACAUUACAAAUGCAGAGACUGUGCCUUUGAGGCCUGUACAAUAUGGGACAUCACUAGUCACUAUCAAGCAGUCCACCCAUGGGCCAUUAAAGGGGAUGAAUCUGUGCUUUUGGAUAUCAUCAAAGGAAAUGGCUCAGCUGAAAAGAUCCACCAGCAGGUUGCCAAAGAACAUGCGUCUUUCAAUUGUCAGUCUGUUGAAGAUGAUGGAGCACUGGUCAUUUCCACCCCACCUCAAGAAAGCAAUCCCCAUCCUCCCCACCCACGUCUUUCCAUCUCUAACAAUCCUUAUCAGUGUACUGUAUGUCUGUCAGAGUACAACAGUCUCCAUGGCCUCCUCACUCACUAUGGGAAGAAGCACCCAGGAAUGAAAGUAAAAGCUGCAGAUUUUGCACAGGAGGCAGACAUCAACCCCAGUUCUGUGUAUAAAUGUCGUCAUUGUCCGUAUGUCAAUUCCCGCAUCCAUGGUGUCCUAACUCACUACCAGAAAAGACACCCUUUAGUGAAAGUCACUGCAGAAGACUUUGCAGAUGAUAUAGAGCAAAUCGCUGACUUAAAUGACGGGGAUGAUAAGUGCAAAACUCAAAGGCAGGGCUAUGGUGCAUACAGAUGCAAAAUGUGCCCGUACACACAUGGGACACUUGAGAAACUCAAAAUCCAUUAUGAGAAAUAUCACAAUCAGUCAGCCUCUGAUAUGUUCACUCCCUCUAUGACAACUUUCUCCCCUGGUAAAGAAACAGAGCCAGUAGCUGAAUGCAGUGCUAGUAAUAUAUCAAGCGGAGCGAAAGUCCAGGAGGUCAGUGAAUUGGAUCUUGCCCUCUCCCAGUUACCCAUCAACAAGACAGAGAAACAUGCUAUAUUCAAGUGUCAGCUCUGCAAAUACUUUUGCUCUACCAGGAAAGGCAUUGCUCGCCACUACCGUAUCAAGCACAACAAUGUUCGUGCUCAGCCAGAAGGUAAAAACAACGUCUUCAAAUGUGCUCUGUGUUCGUACACAAACCCUAUACGCAAAGGUCUGGCAGCACACUACCAGAAGCGGCAUGAUAUUGAUGCCUAUUAUACCCAUUGUCUGGCUGCUUCCAAGACUAUGACCGAAAAGCCUAACAAAGUGGUGGCACCCCCGCCAUCAGAAGGGGACAACUCAGAAAUGAGUGAAGACUUGCGUUUGGCUGUGGAGAGACGAAGGUGCUCUCUUUGCGCCUUCCAGGCCUUCAGCAGGAAGAGCAUUGUCUCACACUACAUUAAACGCCACCCAGGUGUCUUCCCCAAGAAGCAGCAUGCUAGCAAGCUUGGUCGCUACUUUACCGUUAUCUAUGCCAAAGAGCCCGAGAAGAUUGCUGUCAGUGCAAUGGCAGAGGAAGACAAGGAAGUGCUGGAGGUUCCACUUGAACCUGAGCAGGACAGAGAAGUUGAAUGGCUGCCAUUCAAGUGUCUAAAAUGCUUCCGGUUGUCCUUCAGCACAGGCGAGCUGCUCUCUAUGCACUACAACGACCACCACAGCAAUGACUUGAAGAGGGACUUUGUGGUAUCGCCCAGUCCUGUGGAUGAAGACUCUGAGUUGUACCAGUGUUCUCACUGUGAGCUGAAGUUUCUGGCUCUCCCAGUUCUGGCUAAACAUCUAUUGAACCACAAUGAAGAGUUUCAGAAGAGGGCCAUGAGGCAGGAGAGGAGGAGGCAGCUUCUCAGCAAACAGAAAGCUGCAGAACUACCUGAGACCAAACCUGAGAAGGAAAGCCCUGUAAAUAAAGCUCCCAUAGGAUUCAGGUGUAACUUCUGCAUAGAGGUGCACCCCACCCUCCGAGCCAUCUGCAACCAUCUUAGGAAGCACGUCCAGUAUGGAGAAGUCAAAGAGGGACAUGUCAAGCAGGAAGUCAGCGAGGUCCCCCUGACCCUGCCUUCAGAGAGCCUAACUAAUGGCGACCUGGAAGGGGAUGAAGCAGCCGAAGCAGAUGACCUCGAGAGCCCUGCGGCUACAAUGAUGGGCCCAACCUUGGGUUCUACUGUUUCUGGGGGUGUUGCUGUUGCCACCGAGACACUGGAAUCAGAAACGGAUGCUGUCGAAGGAAGGGCAGCGGCCCUUGUGGCUGCAGCGAGGGCCGUAGUGUCAGGGGACCAACUGAAGCAGCGAUUGACAGCAGGGGGUCACCCAUGUGCCCAGUGCGACCGAGUCUUCAUGUCCAUGCAGGGACUGAGGUCACAUGAGAGGAGCCACUCAGCCAUGGCGCUGUUCAGCAGAGAAGACAAAUACAGCUGCCAGUACUGCCAGUUCGUCUCACCCUUCCGACACAAUCUGGACAGACAUGUGCAGUCUCACCACGGGCACCACAAGCCCUUCAAGUGCAAACUCUGCCCCUUUAAAUCUGCCUACGUGAGUCGCUUGAAGAGCCACCUGCAUAAGGCACACACAGGUGAGCAGCACACAUACAAGUGCUUGUCAUGCCCCUUCUCCUCUAUGACCAUCAGCCAGCUGAAGGAGCACUCUCUGAGAGACCAUGGUGAGGCCCUGACUCUCCACAAACUCCGGGCUGCUACCCAGGCUGCUCAUGCCUCCCUCAGGCCCUCCCGGCUGGCUGGUAGCGCAGAGCAGACUUCCUUGGCCCCAGAUGAUCCAUCAUACCUGGAGCCAGCGGAUGUUCGUCAGCAGCUUAGUCAUUACCAGCUGGCCUCCCGCAGUCAAAUGUCUUCCGGCUCAACACCUGGUGGCUCAACAGUGGCUGACAAUCGACCAGACGGCGUCCUCACUUGUGAGUUCUGCGAGUUCAGCUCUGGAUACAUGCAGAGCCUGCGUCGGCACUACAGGGACCGCCACGGUGGCAAAAAGCUCUUCAAGUGCAAAGACUGUUCCUUUUUCACCUGCUACAAGAAUACCUUCACCAUGCAUGUGGAGGCUGGUCACAACAACAAUGCACCUGAGGACCUCCCUAAAGACCUGCGCUGCCCUCUUUGCCUCUAUCACACCAAACACAAGAGCAAUAUGAUUGACCACAUUGUCCUGCACAGAGAGGAGCGCGUGGGUCCAUUGGAGGUCAGCCGCUCCAAGCUGUCACGCCACCUUCAGGGCCUGGUAUUCCGAUGCCACAAAUGCACCUUCACAUGCUCCAGCGACCAGGCCUUGCAGCUGCACCUGCAGAAGCAUGCUGAGAUCAAACCCUACCAGUGCCAGCUCUGUUAUUAUGACAGUAGCCGACGGAGCCAGCUAGAGGAACAUCUACGCCUCGAGCACAAGGUUAUCCGCAACUUUGAGCUGAUGGGUCGGGUCAACCUGGACCAGCUGGAGAUGAUAAAGGAACAAGGGAGCAGCGCAGAGGAGGAAGAAGAAAGAGAAAUGAUGGAAUUGGUUAGAGGUGGAAAAGUAGCUGCUGCAGACGAGGAGGAGGAGGAGGAGGAGGAGGACGACGAUGAAGGAAUGGAAAUGAUGGAGAACAUAGUGGAGGAACAGAGAGAGAUGGAUGAUGAAGAGAUGGAGGACAACAUCAAAGAGGAAGAAGAGGAGGAGGAGGAAGAAAAUGAAGAAGUAGAGGAAGAGAGGCCUGCCCUCCAAGAGGUCCUUGCAUCUCCCACCAGCAGCACCAGCAGCACCUCUGGGCCAAGCGGUGUAGAGAAGCGUCUCCCCUGUGAGUUCUGUGGCCGCUGCUUCACCAACAACCUUGAGUGGGAAAGACACGUCCUUCGACAUGGCAUGAUGGUUAACAACAGUCGAAUGGACACCAGCACCACAUCCGCAAUAGAGGCCUCAGCUUCAUCUUCUACUGGUUCCUCUGUCCUGAUGGACACAGGAUUGGACCUGUCCAGUAACAGAAAAGAGGAAGCUGAUCUAACACUGAGAAGUCAAAGCCAGUAUGUUGAAGACAAAGAAAUGCUUGACACCAAAAAGGAUCAACAGUUUGGUUGAACUGAUUGUGGCCUCUUGGGAUAUUGUGCUAGAAACUGAUAACAUUGGGUAGGAUCAGCACUGAGUUGGAUCUUAAAAUAGGACGUCAGAGGAAAUGAAAAGAUUGAAACUGAAAAAAAAAGUGACUUCUUAUGAGUUGGCGCAUUACUAGAUUUUAGGUGUUACAUAUUUAAGUAUUAGGUUGUGCUGCAUAAAACGGCUGAGCUCUUUAAAUGGGCAGUCCCCUAGGACAGAUCUUAAUAUAUUGGUAACCAAUAGUGAACAGAACUCUUUAUUGCUGACAUUCUGGUCAAAUCUACAGUGAAAGAUCCCACCUAGAUAAAACUAAGCUAUUUAUAAAGAAUGUUGUCCAAAAAAAAAAGAACUAAAUUUAGCAUUUUAUUAUUUGAAGCACCUUUUACACUCCCCCUGCUCAUCUAAAACAGGGUUACUGUAAAUUUACCUAAAAGGAACAAGGAAGAUAUAAAAGCAUUUACAACUGUGGUCCACUGUAGAGCUACCUUUUCUUGUUUCUUGUUGAAAUCUGAGACCUUUUUCAUCUUAGCCUUGUGUUAAAUGUGUAGAAGUAUUCCUUGAGGAAGAGUCGCACCUUAUCUAUUUUAGUGAAAUCUGAAAUCAUUUUUUUUCUUUAUUCGUAGAAAUACUUACAAUUUCCCCCAAUGUUUGUAGCAAAUUGCUAUAUUUUAGGUCCCUUAAUAUUAUACUACGUAUAAGCCUUCAGCCUGUGGCAUCCUUUGCAUUUUGACUGUGCUGUUUUAUUGUCCAGUAAUUUCACUGAUGUGAUGAAAUCAUGGAAAUAAUGGGAUUAGUUGAAAUCUCCCCUCCCCUGUAAAACAUGAUGUUGUUUGUAGUCCAGGUUAAACAAUAUCACAGUUAACCUGAGCACUCAGCAUAACAAUAUAACAACAGAGAUAUGUUUAAUGUGUCAUGACUGUAUCCAUAUGAUAUACAGUAGGUAUCCUUUAAGCUUAGCAUGGCAAGUUUUGCUUGGAACAUAACUACAGGUUUUAGCAACAGUGGUGUGAUAUCUGUCAUCAUGAUCAAUAGACAGAGAUUACACUUGUCUUUUCAGUGCAAAAUUUUGUAAUUGGAAGUGCAAAAAUUUCACUCUGUCCACAUACUGUAGGUGCAUUCAGAAAUGGCUAUUAAAUGCAUAGUUUGGAGUGAGGCUUGCUGUUAAUGACAUAUCCAUAUGUGCCAACCAGGAUGCCCCUGUUGUGGUCUGGCUAACUGGAGUAAACUGUGCACAAGUGUUGACCACCACGGCUGAGUGUUGAAGCCAGUGCCUAAGUGCCUUAAAAUGCAGUUCCUCUAGUGGCCACUAUAUGGCUAUAAUUGCUUUAAAAAAAACACCCAAAUGUUUUGAAGUAACCAGAAAAAUCUCCUAACUUCUCUCUCAAAAUACAAAGUCAAGUUUGUAAGGGCCUCAACAGCUAAUUUCUCUUCUUCUAAUGUGCGCCAUUUUGAAAGUCAUUGUUUAAUUAAGAUUAGAUGAGGUUAAAUUAGAUUUGACUUCAUUGUAAUUGCAUUGGAAGUGCUAGUACAAAGAAAUGUGGUUCAGCAUUUAACCAGGUAAUGCAUACAUUAGCGAAGAGGUGCCCUUAAGUCAAUAUUUUUAUCUGGUAUUUAGACAUGCAGAUAGCUUUGGUUUCUUUGCCAAGGUUUUGAGAUUUCUGCUGAUCCAGUAGUUGCAAAUGGAAUUUCAUUUGUCAUACUCACAGCAUUGAAAAGCAGCAUUCGAGCUGUUUUCAUCUGAACUAUUUUCUAUCAAAUAAAUAGUCCAAAUGAAAACUGUUGACAGCGUCUUCUGUGUGUUGUACUGUAUGUUUAUUUUGAUACUGUGAGCACCACAUAAGAAAUUCCAUACUAAAACAGACACGUUUGGAGCCAUGUUUGCUUGAUUGACAGAAUGUCUCUGCCUUUCACAGUCAGCCCUGGUGAUUACCUCAACUCCAACCAGGUUCCUCCACAAGCCCAAAUUAUUUUUUCAGGCUCCAAAUGACUGACAGGCUGGCAUCAAGGAUUAAACUCAAACCUAGAGCUUCAAAACAUCCCUUCAAAAACUUAUGGCUGAUGCCACAGAAACCACAGACACGCUUUUCUACAGUCUAUGAUCUGGUUUUGAUGUGAUGGGAUACACUGAAAAGACAAGUGCAACCAGCUCAGAAAGCCCCAAACACCAUUUGUUUCCACAUAGCAUAUUUGCCACUGGGACUGUAUGUUGAAGAUGGACUUUUUAAAGGUGUCAAAUCCCCCAACUUUAACCCCUUUAAAUUCUCAUCCAAUAUUGACACAACCUGCAUUUGUGUGCUUCUUUUUAGACAAAAUUGUCACGUUAUUGUUGAUACUGACAAAAGGCAGAGAUUGUAUUUGUUGGAAGUUGCUGCUUGAAUGCCCUAAAGCCUUAUAAGAUGAAAAAUAGCAAUUAAGUCAAAUUUAUGUCCAAUACCAAUAAGACCAAUGAGCAACGUUAAACUGUCUGAAAUAAUAUGGCUAAAAACUACAAUAUCAAAUUAGUAUAGGAGCACAAUUAAUGGAAUUGUGUUCUUGGUACCAAAAUAUUUACCAAGCCUGCUGUGUUUGCUGCUGUGAUUGUCCUUCCUGAGCAUUGAACCAUUGAUGGAAAUGGGAAAUCUGGGUUUGGACCAUAGAAUUUUGGAACUAGAGUUCUAUGGGUGGAACCCAGGUGAACUACAUGUUUGCAGCCAUGUAUAGAAAACAAAACUACUUGUUAAGUGUUUGAACUGUGGUGUUUCAGAAAGGAUACUUUAACCCUUUUUCCUUUAGGUGUUCUCAUUUAAAAAAAAAGAAGAAAAAAAAAAGAAAUCUAAAGAUGAUAGCUAACCCUUAGGGGCUUUUUGAGUCCCCAAUCCAACAUUAUUACACUGUUGUACAAUGUCUGGUUACAAUGAAAAAUAUCUCCUUUUUUGUACUGUAAUGGGAAUGAGCACAUAGGAAGAGCAAUGUGGUUGUACAAUAUUUUAAACAUGUGAAGGAAAAUGAUGCAGUUACGUACUAAUUAAAGGCCAGGGCUUUUAUUGUGAAGGAGAAAAACAUGGCAAAGUAAGAGACAAGAAAAAAAAUGUUCCUUUGGGGGCAUUUACCUAAACUGCUUGGUCCUUUUCUGGGAUUGGCCACCAUCUGGGUUCCCAGUCAGCCUAAUAGAUCCCUCUGAGAUCUAGCUCACGCUUGUCCAAUCCGACAUCUGACACUCUAGUAUGUUCUGUCUAUGACCAGUAAGGGCAUCAAGUCACUUUCUCCAAGCAGGCUUGCCCAUAGUCUACCCAGUUAACAACAGGUGGGAAUGUAGCAGCCCCACUAUGCUCCUCAAUCCUUGUAAUACCUGAAAAACCAUUUGAGUUGGUGCUCAAUCUCAAAGCCCAUUUUCUGUUUUUCAGGACCAGCUUGUAGCUUUUUUGAAAGUAAAACUGUUUGAAAACUGUUGUUGUAGAAAUAAGCUUUGUAAGGCAGCUUGUUGCCCAGCUUGAAAGCCCAGUGUAAACCAGAUGAUAAAUUGGGACAAUCUGGCUAAUGAAGCUGUCAACCCAAAACUGUUUGUUGUUCUGUGAUCAUUUUAAUAGAAAAUGACUAUGAAUCCCUCACUGUGUGCAGUCUCUAGACUGUAAUAUUCCCAGUUUACCCAAAGUUAUUCCCCUGCUGACAACACACUGGAUACUUGUAUAUAUGUUUAGUUUGUUUCUGAUGCAUUUCUCUUUUCAGACUGUUGUCUCCAUAGUUUGACACUAGAAUCUCUCCUUCUUGCCUUUCUUCCCAUAUAAAUCUGAUUACCUGAUGGUGGGUUGUGAUGUUGCCUAGAAUGAUUGUUUACAAUUUUAUUCCAUUUAUCUCUGGAUAUUCUGUAAAUAUUGUAAUUCAUUGUCUUUUUUUAACUUGAUAAUAAAGUUAUCAGAUAACGGUUAA